GCCCUGCGGGAGCUGCUGGCACAAGGCUCACCAAGGCAGCGGGAGGAGACCCCUGAGGAGGAGGAGGAGGAGGAGCUGGAGAUAGAGAACCCCUACCUGAGCCCUCAAGAGCAGGCACUGAUGGGGUCCCACCAUGGGACACCCAGGGAUAGUGAUGGCUGGGUGGAUGGGGGCUCGCUCCCAGGGACACUGAGGCAGGCAGAGGCAGAGGAAAAGGCUAAAGCGGUGGCUGGGGCCUUGUCCGACCGCAGCCUCCUCUUCCGAGGGAACGUCCUCAAGGGCAUGGCACUGCUCUCCCACUUUUUGGAGCACCGGGGGGCUGUGGGUGAGGAGGCAAAGCCCUACUCACGCCUGGACAACAGUGUGCUCUACAGCCGCUUCAUGGCCCCCAACGCCGCCUCGCUGCAGGACAUGGGGGGCACGGGCUCGCCCGCCCCCAGGGACCAUAACGGUGGUGACCACCCUGGCCCUGAGGUGGCCGUGCUGGAAGCUCCAAGUCCCGGCUCUGUUCCUCCUGUCACCAAAGAGUCAGAGAGUGCCAUGGCCCUGUGUCCCACUGAUGUCCUGGAGGACAAGGACGGCUUUGAGAAGAUCAACACCAGACCCGGCAAGUGUGGGGAGUGCAACCGGGUCCCAGCCUGGGGUUCGGGAGUGACCGUCCCACAAGCACUAAUUACUGUGACCCAGCAUCGCAGCGGUGGCAGCGCGUCCCCACCCACGCUCUGCCCUGAGGCUCCCAAUGGCUGGGGGUGGGUGAUGUACGAGAAGCCGCGGUUUCAUGGGCGCAAGUGUGUGCUGGCCGAAGGGGACGUGGAGAUCGACGACCCCGAUUACCGCACUCCCGAGAUCAGCCUGUUUGAGGAGGAGAAUGGCGAAGGCGCCCGCCUGACGUUCACCGACUCGGCUGAGGACACCCGCACCCAGGGCCAGGCGCUCGCUGCUGCCUCCAUCAUCGUCCACUCGGGCCUGUGGCUGGUGUACUCCAAGCCGUUCUUCGAUGAUGACCCCUAUGUUUUGGAGCCGGGCGGGUACCCCAAUUUGAAGGCUUGGGGAGCAAAGGACCCAUCCAUCUGCUCCAUGCACCCCAUCAGGCUGGGCUGCCCCGUUGUGGAGAGGCCCGGGGAGCCGCAGGUGAGCGCUGGGCUGGCACUGGGGAUGCCACAAGACUGGGACAUCUGUGGGGCCGCGCUCACCUCGCUGUGUCCCCAGGUGCGGAUCUAUGAGGCUGCAGGUUUCCAGGGCCGCAGCUUCGCCAUCAGCAGAGACAUCUACAACCUGAUGUGCCUGCCCGGGCUGGCGCUGGCCACCAUGGGCUCCCUGCACGUCCUGGGUGGCUGCUGGGUGGGCUACGAGAAGGAGGGCUUCCGUGGCCACCAGUACCUGCUGGAGGAAGGGCAGUACCGGGACUGGAAGCAGUGGGGCGGCUACAGCAAGGAGCUGGUGUCCUUACGGCUGAUUCGGACGGUUGGGGAACACAACCUCCACUUCAUCUCCAAGGUUGGGGAACACAACCUCCACUUCAUCUCCAAGAUCCUGCUCUUCUCAGAGCCUGAUUUCUCAGGGGAUCACCUCACCUUCGAGGAGGACCAGGAUGCUCUGCCCACAGCCUUCGUCCCACGCUCCUGCAGGGUCCGGGGGGGCAGCUGGAUCCUGUUCGACGGCCAGGCCUUCGCAGGGGAGCAGCACGUGCUGUCCGAGGGCGAGUACCCCACGCUGGGUGCCAUGGGCUGCCUCUCCUCCACCACCAUCUGCUCCUUGAGGAAGGUCCCGUUGUUUUUCUCAGAGCCUUCCAUCUUCCUGCACGGGCUGGAGUGUUUUGAAGGAAAGGAGAUUGAGCUGAACAGCGAGGUGAGGAGUCUGCAGGCAGAGGGCUUCAACAACCACGUGCUGUCGGUGCGGGUCAAAGGAGGGAUCUGGGUGCUGUGUGAACACGGUGACUUCCGUGGGCGCCAGUGGCUGUUGGACUGCACCGAAAUCACCAACUGGCUGACGUACAGCGGGCUCCAGCACGUGGGAUCCCUCUACCCCAUCCGGCAGAGACGGAUCCAUUUCCGCAUCAGGAGCAGGGAGCUGGAGCUCUACCUCUGUGUCCCCGACGACGUGGAGGACAUGAAAGCGGGGCGGGUGGUGGUCUCCAGCCUGAGCGAGCAGAGCAGCUCCGUCUGGUACUACGAGGAUGGGCUGAUCAAAAACCAGGUGGCCCCCAAGAUGAGCCUGCAGGUCAUCGGGCCGGCUGGGAAGGGCGCCAAGGCCGUGCUGUGGUCUGAGACCCGGAUGCCGCGUCAGACCUGGAGCAUCGAUUCCCAGGGACGGAUCCACAGCCAGAUGUUCGAGGACAUGAUCCUCGAUAUCAAGGGCGGCCGAUCCUACGACCGGGACCACGCCAUCGUUUGGGACAUGGCUGAGGAAAGACCCACACAGAUCUGGGACAUAGAGGUGCUAUGA